AUGCCGCCUAACCCCUUUGAGAUGCCUUGGUGGGGGCUCCUGAACCUGAGCCUGCCCCUCCUUAGGAACCAGAGCCAAUUUCAGCUCGAUGCCUCCUGCUGGAUGUCCCAUGGCACAACAGUGGCGCUGGUUCUGUCAUACUGCUUGGUUAUGGUCUUGGGGCUGUUUGGGAAUGUUUGUCUGAUCUGCAUCAUUGCACGCCAGAGAGAUCGAGCCAACGUGACCAGUAUCCUUAUUGCCAACCUCUCUGUCUCUGACAUCCUGGUGUGUGUGUUCUGUCUGCCUUUCACCGUGGUUUACACGCUCAUGGACCACUGGAUCUUUGGGGGCGUUUUGUGUCGGCUCAUGCCUUUUGUGCAGUGCACAUCGGUGACCGUCUCCAUCUUGUCGUUGGUGCUGAUCGCCAUCGAGCGCCAUCAGCUCAUCAUUAACCCCUCAGGCUGGAAACCCAGCGUACCCCAAGCCUAUUUGGCCGUUCUGGUCAUCUGGGUUCUGGCCUGCUUCACCUCACUGCCCUUCUUAGCCUUCCACCUGCUGACCAGUGAGCCCUACAGCCUGUUACCCAACCCACAAGCCCAGCUGGAGGCCUGUCUGGAGCACUGGCCAUCACAGGAGCAAAAGUUGGCCUACACAACAUGUCUGCUGGUGUUCCAGUAUUGUGCACCUCUCCUGUUUGUGCUCCUCUGCUAUCUGCGCAUCUUCCUCAGGCUGCGACAUAGGAGACACAUGCUGGACAGGCAGUGCAGUCGCACCGAGGAGAACCGUCGCAUGAGUCACAGCAAACGUAUCAACAGUAUGUUGGCGGCUCUAGUCACUGCCUUUGCCGUGUGUUGGCUGCCACUGAACGCCUUCAAUGUGGUGGCUGAUUGGCACCAGGAGGCACUGCCCAUCUGCCACCAUGACCUGUUAUUCUCACUGUGCCAUCUGUUGGCCAUGUGUUCCACCUGCAUCAACCCCAUCAUUUAUGGUUUUCUCAACAGCAACUUCCGCAAGGAGGUCGCAGCCGCUCUGCUGCACUGCCGAUGCCAACCUCUGGAGGACAGCUAUGAGCACUUUCCCCUCUCCACCAUGAACACAGACGUGUCACGGACCUCACUUCGCCUCAGCUACAGAAACAACUCAGUAUAA